AAACGACUCUGAAACAAAUCUCCAACCCUAGCGCGACCACUCUUCUUUUUCUCUCUAUAUCAAGAAACCGUACGUAACCAUAGGCGAUAGCACAACACAGUCCCCACUCUCUGCGAUGACCGGUCAACGUAGUUCUUACGGCAAGCGCUCCCACUCCCACUCUGAUUCCGACGCCGGUUCCAAGAACAAGCGCCGAAACCCUGCCGCCGAUGAUUCGUCUCUUAUCACAGCCGAAGACACCGUCUUCCGCUACCUCUGCCCCGUCCGCAAGAUCGGCAGCGUCAUAGGCCGCGGCGGUGACAUCGUCAAGCAACUCCGCGCCGACACCAGGGCCAAGAUCCGCAUCGGUGACGCGCUCCCCGGUUGCGAUGAGCGCGUCGUUACUAUCCACAGUUCCUCCGAGGAGACCAACCGAAUUGACGACACUGGUGAUCUUGUCUCGCCUGCUCAGGACGCGCUGUUUAGGGUUCACCAGCGCGUGAUAGCUGAGGAUGCACGUGACGAUGAGGAUGAGGAGAGGAACCAUGUCACUGCGAAGCUUCUUGUGCCGUCCGAUCAGAUCGGAUGCGUGAUCGGAAAAGGCGGCCAGAUUGUGCAGAAUAUCCGGAGCGAAACCGGCGCGCAGAUUCGGAUCCUUAAGGAUGACCGGUUGCCUCCCUGUGCGUUGAGCUCUGAUGAACUUGUUCAGAUUUCGGGUGAGGGUGCGGUUGUGAAGAAGGCUUUGUUUCAAAUUGCAGCUCAGAUCCGUGAUAAUCCUUCACGGUCUCAGCAUCUGCUUGCUUCUGCAGUUCCUGGUGGGUAUGCAGCUGGUGGUCCUGGUGCAGGGGCUCCCAUUGUUGGAGUGGCUCCUUUUGUGGGUGCUUAUGGAGGAUAUAAAGGUGAUGCUGGUGAUUGGUCCCGGUCUCUGUAUCCUGCCCAAAGGGAUGAUGCGUCUAUGAGAGAGUUUACUGUGCGGUUUGUUUGUCCCACUGGCAACAUUGGUGGUGUGAUAGGAAAAGGUGGUGCCAUAAUAAAUCAAAUCAGGCAGGAUUCCGGGGCUACCAUCAAAGUUGAUAGUUCAGUGACAGAAGGAGAUGACUGUUUGAUAAUCAUUUCGACUAAAGAGUUCUUUGAGGAUUCUUUCUCUCCAACAAUAGAAGCUGCUGUGCGAUUGCUGCCCCGCUGCAGCGAGAAAGUGGAAAGAGAUUCAGGGAUUGUCUCUUUCACCACCCGUCUUCUUGUGCCAACCUCAAGAAUUGGUUGCCUUAUUGGUAAAGGAGGGACAAUUGUAACUGAAAUGAGAAGGCUUACAAAAGCCAACAUUCGCAUCCUUUCAAAGGAAAAUCUUCCAAAAAUUGCAUCUGAUGAUGAUGAAAUGGUGCAGAUUUCAGGAGACCUUGAUGUUGCCAAGGAUGCUCUUGUGCAAGCACUUACACGGCUGAGGGCAAAUCUUUUUGAUAAGGAGCGCGCUGUCUCAGGAUUCCUUCCGGUGCUUCCAUAUCUUCCAACUUCAGUUGAUGGAUCAGAUGGCUUGAACUAUGACAGUAGAGAUGGUAAGCGACAUGGACGUGGUGCAUAUUCUGGUGGCUAUGGAGGUUCAAGUGAUUUGGCAUCUGGUGAUGGUUAUGGAAGCUAUGGAAGUUCACAGCUUGGUAGUGGUGGUGGUGCUUAUGGAGCUUAUGGAAGUUAUUCUUUGGGACGGACUAGUGGCUAUGGGUCUACUCAGAAUGGUUCUUCUCGAAGGAGAAACCAUGCUUACUAAAACUUGAUGGGUCCCUGCAGGUAUCAAUAUCUUCCUGACAUAAGCAAGAGGGUGUGCUGCAAAUUUUGACUAUGAUAAUUCAUAUUUAUGGAAUUAGUUCAGUACUUCAGAUAUGAUGAAUUAGAGGUAUGCUAUGUGUUAUAUAUGAAGUUGAUUGUAGCAUUGAAGCUUAGUGCUUUCUUGGCUUAAGGUAACGUGCAUUUGGAGUUAUGCAAAAUCUUUCACGAUUGAGAAAUAGAUUAAUAUCUUGUUUGUUGUCUUUUCUCCGCAAGGCCAAUAUAGUACAUGGCUGGUCGUUGUUGUAAUUUCUUGUUCCAGUCAUAAUUUCAGCCUAAUUGUAAUUCUUUUGCACGGAGAAGUUAUUAACUUGACUUCCUUGGGGUUUUCCUACCAAAACCAGUUUAUUUUGAUGUGUAGCCCAUUAGAUAACUUGCAGAAGUAUUUAGUCUGACCUAUAAUUCUAUUCAAAGACGUGUCUUCGUUUCUGAGGGUAGAGGUUCCAGUUGGUGUCAAUUGAAAAACUAUUUACCAAAAUAAGAACUAGUUUUACCUCUUAGGCAUUUGCUAUUGUCCACUUGUCACAUAAUAGAUGAUAGACCCUCAACGAAAGAAACAUAGUUUUUUUUGGAUCUUAAAGUAGGCCUUAUGUGAUUAUGGUCGAGCAAUUGCUAUAUAAUCACGGUUGUUGGGAUCGUGGGAUUCGAACUGUUAGAUGGGAAAUCUGUAUAUAGAAUUGGGAAUUGAAAUUUAUCCUGAAUCAGAAAAUUAAUGAUUAAUUGAUUUAAAUUAUUGUAAAUAUUAAUAUCUAAUCCGAAAUAAAACUGUGAUUUAGUAUUUUUGGAAAAUAACUUUUUUUUCCUAUUUCUACCAUUGUACAUUAUUGAAAAAAAUAUAUUAAAUGGUAUAAUUAAGUUAUCAGAUUUUAGAUAACAUUAUUUGGGAUGGUUAUUUUAAAAGUUGAUGUCAGAUGAGAAAGAAAAUAUUACUGAUGUAUCUUUUUUAGUCAUUUAUCUUACAAUCCAUGCUUUUUUUAUUUAGGAAGUGAGCAAAUUUCUAGCAUGCCAGUGUACAAUUUUGAAACUCAUUAAAUGGCCACAUGAGAUCGUUAAUUUAUUGGUGAAAGCUUGGUUCCUACUAGAUGAAUUAUGGUUAGCCAUAUGUAUGUUGCGUAUAGAACUGAAGGAUAUUUGUUUAUUGAAUUUGGGAAAUUGAAGGUGAAACACAGUUCUGAAGUAUAAUUUAGGUAUUUAAAUUGUUUUUACAGCCUGUGAAAAACGCAGGCUAUUUUAAUCAAUUUGCAGUGAGUGUUUGAAGUUUUUGCCCUAAAACGUUGUUUUAGAGGCCUAACAUAGCGUUGGUAAAAAGUUGUCGCAUAUUGAUGUUUGUUUUUGGAACCCGAUGUUGGCAAAUGUGCUAGUUCAUGUCUGCACCUGAACUAGUGCUCCAAUUGGACUAGCGUAAAUGCCAGAAAAGAGGGAAAAAUUAACUAGGUUUUUCUCUAUUUUCUUUUUUUUGUUUAGUGUGGUAUGCUCUCUGGAUAUUAUAUGGGUUGACUAACUUUACCCACUACGUGUCUAGAAAUUUAGCUGUAAUGAACAGGAGGCGUGGAGGAUCUGAAUUUAUUUUAGAUGUUUGCCUUGUAUUUUGUUUAGGCAGUUGGAUAAAAAUGGUCGAAUCAAAGGCUAACAUAUGUCAUUUUGAUGAUCUGUGAUUUUGGAAAUCAAGCAAUGUUAAAUAUCGUGGGAAAAGUUGUGGUAUGUAUUGUUUUUCUUUCCAACCCUUAUUCUCUGGAACUUUUAUUGAAUCAGCGGAAUCACUUAUGCUACUCAUUUUGUCAGGUCAUUUCAACUAUGGAACAGGUAAGCUCUGGCUUAAGGUUAUAUACAAUGCACGGUUGUGCCAGCAGCAAAAUGUGCUUUUCUGUGAGUUGGGAAUUCACAAGCCUAAAAUUCAUGAAUUUUCUAAAUCCUGUGAUGAUAUUUAGAUUUUGAUGGUGAUGGAUUACGUUGAACAAUUAGUAUAGAGAAGAUCUGAUGUCUCAUUAUCGAAACUUGAAUUGUAGGUUUAGCUUCUUUUUUAUUCUGUUCUCAUCGCUUUUCUUCUAUUUUUCGGGUUGCUUGUUAAACGAAUUGGCAAAUUAGUGUAUGAAAAAAAAAAAAAGGUGUUUCUAAAGGAUGAGUUAGAUGGUAUCUUUUUCGA